UUGGCUGAAGCUCCGGGUUGUAGUCUGUGAAAGUGUCGAACAAACUGACUGCUGAAGUGAAGAGGAAGUACUUUUCAGAAUGGAAAUAUAAGAAAUGAAACCUUAACUUUGAACAGGCGAGCAGCGGGAGAAGCCAUGCCUGCGCAACCCCCUGUGAGGGAGCCAGAGGAGGAGAUGGAGGCAGAAGGAGAGUCACAACUCCCAGAAGCCAACGGAGACUUGGAGCAACCUAGAGAGAAUAACAGAGGAGGAGGAGGUGGUGAAGAAGAGACUAUGGAGGAGAGCACAGAGGAGAGGGACAGCGAUCUGGAUGAGAGUGAGGAGGAGGAAGAGGAGGAGGAGGAAGAAGAGGAGGAGAGUUCAGAGAUGGAUGAUGAAGACUGCGAGCGGAGGAGAGGAGAAUGUCUGGAUGAGAUGUCGGAUCUGGAAAAACAAUUCCAGGAGCUGAAAGAGAAGUUGUUUCGGGAGCGGCUGAACCAGGUGAAGGUGAAACUGGACGAGGUGCUAACAGGGAAGGCCGGAGAAUAUCGAGAACCGCUGGCUGCACUACAGAACAGCAUGCAGAUACGGACUCAGGUGGCCGGAGUGUACAGGGAGCUGUGUCUGCAGGUGAUCAAACACAAACACGAAUGUGAACUACAGGGAGCAAAGCAGCACCUGGAGAGCGAGCGGACGUUGCUGUUUGAUGCCAUGAAGACAGAACUGCUGGAGAAGAUAAGACGCCUGGAGGAGGACAGACAGAAUGUUGACAUCACCUCAGAAUGGAGUGAUGAGGUGAGGAGCAAGAAGUGUAAAAGAAAGAACCAGCUGGGUCGGUCGGAGAGGAAAAAGAAAGUAGCUCUGGUUUCAGGGCCUUUCAUCGUCUACAUGUUGAGGGACAUCGACAUCCUGGAAGACUGGGCGGCUAUCAAGAAGGCAAAAACAGCUCUCACACCACUAAAGAAGAAAGUUGAAAAGCGGUGAUAAUAGGAGCAACUUAUUGAAGACCAGCUGCAAAGAAACCAAACUGAACACACACACACACACACACACACACACACACACACACACACACACACACACACACACACACACACACACACACACACACACACA